UAUUUACAAGCGACAAUAUUACAAAUAAUAGGCUACACGCCGUCAUGAAUGAGUAGUCCACUCUUGCAAAAGAUCUUAAAUUUUAUUUAUCAUUCAAAGGAUUUUUUUAACGAUGGAAUCCGCAGGACAAAGACGAGAAUGGCAGUGCUGGUGGAUUGCUUUGUGUUUCUCUUUGCUGCUGAGCUUCGGGAUGCAGGUUUCAACUCAAAUACGAUAUUCUAUACCAGAGGAGGUAAUUGAGGGAUAUGUUGUUGGAAAUAUUGCAAAGGAUCUAGGUCUUGAUGCGAAUACCUUGAUGGACAGGCGUUUCCGUAUCGUCUCCGGAUCGAAAGAUGCUCUUUUUGAGGUAAAUCAAAACAAUGGCGAAUUAUAUGUUAGUAAGAAAAUAGACAGAGAGGAGUUGUGUGAUGGAAAUAGCUUGUGCGUAAUAAAUCUGAAAAUCGCCGUUGAAAAUCCACUUGAAAUACAUUACGCUGGAGUAGAAAUUACAGACGUGAAUGAUCACAGUCCUCAUUUUCCCGAGAAAGAACAGCAUUUUGAAAUAUCUGAAAGCGCCGUGGCAGGGGCACGCUUUGAAUUACAAACUGCAAGAGAUCCAGACACUGGAAGCAAUUCCAUUCGUUUUUAUAAACUAGUAAAGAAUAAUUAUUUUGAGCUGGAAAUGAGAGGUGACGAAGAGGAAAAGAAUCCAAUUUUAGUCUUACUUAAACCUUUAGACAGGGAGCAAAAUUCAGAGCACAGACUUGUGUUGACUGCAGUGGAUGGAGGCAUCCCUCCGAAGUCAGGUGCUUUAAAUAUUAUUAUUACUGUCCUUGAUAUCAACGAUAACCGCCCUGUAUGUAGUAAAGAUCUAUAUUCAGUAACUCUUCCAGAAAACACACCUAUAGGGACAGCAAUAGCGCGAGUAAACGCUACUGAUUCUGAUGAGGGCUUAAAUGGAGAGGUUAUUUACACUCUGGGAAAAACUAGCAGGCGGAAAGUACAUGAAACAUUUAGCCUUGAUAGUGUAACUGGCGAAAUUCAAAUUAAAGAGCCAAUUGAUUUUGAGGAGAACGAUAUACACAGGUUGACCGUCCAGGUCACGGAUAAAGGACAGCCGCCGAUGACCACUGACUGCAGAGUCAUUAUAAAGAUCACUGAUGAGAAUGAUAAUAAUCCCGAGAUAGAUGUCACGUCCCUUUCUAACAUAAUUUCCGAGAAUUCAAAACCUGGAACUGUGAUAUCUCUGAUUAGUGUGUCAGAUAAAGACUCUGGUGUUAAUGGCAAGGUUGUUUGUAGUCUUUCAGACAAUGUUCCGUUCGAAUUAAAACCAUCUGUUCAGGAAAAUUUGUAUUCUUUAAUUACUAAAGAGUACUUGGACAGGGAACUUGUCGCAGAUUAUAAAAUCACAAUCAAAGCCAGUGAUCUUGGCCAGCCGCCUCUUUCUUCUUUUAAAACUGUUACUGUGCAGGUGGCUGAUGUUAAUGAUAACAAACCAGAGUUUGCCAAAAAUCCCCUCGAGCUGUAUUUAGUGGAAAAUAACACGCCUGGUGCAUCAGUAUUCUCUGUGAGCGCGUCAGACAAAGAUCUAAACGAAAAUGCUGCUCUCUCAUAUCACAUAGUUAGAGGGAAUGGAUCAGAGAGUGACAUGUCUUCGUUCCUCAGUAUUAACCAUGAAACUGGCGUUAUACAUGCGCUAAAAAGUUUUGAUUUUGAAACUGUUAAAAAGUUCCAGUUCAACGUUGCUGCUACAGACUCUGGAACUCCACCACUUAGCAGUAACGUGACAGUGAACGUGUUUAUUCUGGAUCAGAACGACAACGUUCCAGUGAUCUUAUAUCCAGUCAGCGCUAACGGUUCUGCUGAGGGUGUGGAAGAGAUUCCCCGUAAUGUGAACGCAGGUCAUUUGGUGACUAAAGUCAGAGCCUAUGACGCAGAUAUAGGAUACAACGGCUGGUUAUUGUUUUCACUGCAGGAAGUUAGUGAGCACAGUCUCUUUGGUUUGGACCGCUAUACAGGACAGAUAAGGACCCUUCGCUCAUUCACAGAAACAGACGAGGCCCAGCAUAAACUGCUCAUACUGGUCAAAGACAAUGGGAACGUUUCACUCUCAGCAACAGCGACUGUGAUUGUCAAAGUUGUGGAGCCCAAAGAGGCUUUUGCAGCUUCUGAUGUGAAAAACGCAGUAAAAGACGAGGAGGAAAACGACGUGACGUUUUAUUUGAUCAUCACUUUGGGCUCGGUUUCAGUGCUUUUUGUCAUCAGCAUCAUCGUGUUGAUUGUAAUGCAGUGCUCCAAAUCUACAGACUAUUCGUCCAAGUAUUUGCAGGACACAAAUUACGACGGGACUCUGUGUCACAGCAUCCAGUACAGAUCUGGAGACAAACGGUACAUGUUAGUUGGACCCAGAAUGAGUAUCGGUUCUACAAUUGCACCAGGCAGUAAUAGGAAUACUCUAGUGAUACCAGAUCGCAGGAGGAGAGAUUCUGGAGAGGUAAGCGAAUUUAAAGAAAUAUGGUGACUGCUUUGGUUAUUU